AUGAUCAGGAGAGCCCCCACCGCUUUGCAGCUCAGCCACGACGAUGUGUCCUCCCUGAUCGACGACCUCAACGAGCAGAAACUCAAGCAGCAGCUGAAUAUCGAAAAGACAAAGUACUUCCAAGGCCAAAGCGGCAGCUCGCUGCGCUCCCAUGCCGAUCUCCAAGACGUUUCACAAAAUAUAGACGACGACGACGACGACGACGAUGACAUGUCCUCUUGCAACGAUAAAACGGCGUCCGCCGCCCACAACAGAAUCCUCAGUUCCCUGCAUCUGUCCGCCGAAAACAAUACCGCUCACGAAACGUCGAAUGCAAACGACAACCCCUUCUACAUCCGCGAGGAGUAG